UAACAGUAACGAACAUAAAACUGCGCGUGAUUACUAUGACUGGCGCUGUUCUUCGAACGUCAUUCCACGGAUCUUCUCUCUUCAUUGUAUUCUGUGAUCCACCUAUGCAACUGCUGUAAACGAGAAGAAGCAUCUCCCUUUCUGAUACAAUUGGAUGCUCAAGCAUAUUAAUCGCAAGAACUGACAAAAUGAAGAUGGCGGACGGACCUACAAUCUUGAGAAGAAAUAGACCCGGAACUAAAGCUAAGGAUUUUAGCAUGUGGCCGGAUGAAGUAUUUGAAGAAAUGGAUAGUACAUUAGCCGUACAACAAUAUAUACAACAGACAAUCAGGAGAGAACCAUCAAAUAUAGAAUUGAUACUUAACAUGCCAGAUGCUCAAGAUGAAGGAGUUUGGAAAUACGAACAUUUGAGACAAUUUUGUAUGGAACUUAAUGGACUAGCAGUUAGAUUGCAAGAAGAAUGUCAUCCUGAAACAUGUAAUCAAAUGACAGCUACAGAACAGUGGAUAUUUUUAUGCGCUGCACAUAAGACUCCUAAAGAAUGUCCUGCUAUUGAUUAUACCAGACAUACACUGGAUGGAGCAGCUUGUUUAUUGAACAGUAAUAAAUAUUUUCCAAGCAGAGUGAGCAUCAAAGAAUCUUCAGUAGCAAAGCUUGGAUCUGUAUGUCGUAGAGUAUAUAGAAUAUUUUCUCAUGCGUAUUUCCAUCACAGAACGAUAUUCGACGAAUUUGAAAAUAAAACAUUUCUUUGUCGAAGGUUUACAGCAUUUGUAACUAAAUAUAAUUUGAUGUCAAAAGAUAAUUUGAUAGUACCUAUAAUGGAAGAAGAUGGUGCAACUGAAAGUGAUGCAUAAAAUUUUUACAAUAUAAUAGUAUUAUAAAAAAAAAACAAAUCAUCAGAUUUAGAGAGAUCUGAUGGGAAUCUGGUUUCAUUAUCAGAAUACAUUUUCCAAAAUAUUUGUAAAUGUGAAUGUAUUCUGAUAAAGAUCGAUAAAGCUCUGCUCUUAGAAAAUAUUUUAUACCUAUGAGUAUAUAUAGCAUCAAACGAGAGUGAAUAGAAAAUGAUAUUGAUGACUUUUUGAGGAACAAAGAAAUAAAAAUAUGCAAGAAAUUUUUUCAUGCUUCAUAAUUAGCUAUAAUACAAUAAGUUGAUGUUUAAUUAUGUAAGACUUAUAAAUCUUUGAUAAUAUAUUAAGAGCUCAAUGACAUAUUUCAUUUGGUAUGAAUGGUGUACUGAUUGCAAUUCCGAAACUUAAAAAAAAACAUGUUUUGAAAUAUUUCUAUAAUGUUUUAUAGACAUAACAAUGAAAAAGAGUGAAUUUAAUAUUUCUUAUACAUGUUUAUAAUUAAUAAUGUAUCUGUAUCAAAAUCAGUACUCAGCUCUAAGAUAAAAGCAAAAAAGUUAAAGAAUGUUUCUUUUUGGUAGCAUUUAUAUGUAUAUCUGUAAUUAAUUACAAUAUGUUAUAAUAUAAUUAUAAUAAAUGCAAUAAUGUGAGAACUCAAGAAUCUUGCUACUGAAAAUAUAGUUCCAAUGGAGAUCAAUUUUAGAAAAAUAAAAAAUGAUUCACAGUUAAUAAUAGUAGAUCCUUACUUUAAAUUUUACGUUCGCAAAAUACAUUGUUCCUCUAACUUUGGAUUGUUAUAAUAUUGACGCUGAAAAUUUAUGUAUUCUUUUGAUAAUCUUAUACGAAUUUUACUCUCUUAAUACUAAUAUAAUUUUAUUUUUCUUAAACGAUAAUCUAUUCAACAGUAAUAAUGCAAAAGACUAUCCUAAUUCAGAACCUACGCAAAGAAAAUUUGGAUAAUUGACGAGUUAUUCAUAAUUCUAUCCAGAUCUUAUGCAUAAUACUAUCUUAAAAGAACUGGGACUAAUUCUUCAAGAAAACGAAGAUGAAAAAUCAAUCGGAAUUGUAUUAUAACAAUUAUUAUUUGUAUAUAUAUAGUUUUCGUAUGUUAUUACGCCUGUAAUAUGCUUCAGUUAUGCAUACCACGUUUAUAUAUAUAUUUCUUCUUUUCAAUUGUUUAAACAUAUUUACAUUUUAAUACAUAUAAAUAAUAAUUUGUAUUGUUUUUCAAAAGAAAAGAAGAUAUUUAUGUUCAAUAGAUAAAAGAAAUAAUAAGUCUAUUCAAUGAUCUUACUAGAUAGGUACAAACUUAUAUGUAUUUUUUGUGAUAACAUUUUAAUGUUAUUAAAAAAUAUUUCUAGUUUAUUGUAUUAUAAUACGAAGCAAUAUAUCUAACAGGAAAUUAUUCCAUAUCACUGCCAAUUUCCCCAUCAAUUUAAUAAUUAACCAAGCAAAUGAAAACUCUGUUAUUAAUCUUGUUAAUACAAUCUUAAUUGCACCAUUUGUACCUCUACUGUUAUGUUGUACACUAUUUCUUAUUAUUAUUUAGUUAUAAAAAAAAUAAAUCUAUCAGUAUAUAAUUUCCACACUGUAAAUGUAAUAAGUUACAUGAAUCAAAGCAUAUUUAUACUUUGUUACAGAGUAAUGCAAGCAGAUAAUUUUUGAUAUUAUAUAUGUAUAUUCUGUAAGUAGAAAAAAAAAGAAAUUCGAGAAUGAUGCUUAAAUAAUGGAGGAUAGUAGAAACGUAGAGAUAUAAAAAUAGAGUAUUUCAUGUGACCAAUCUCUAUGUAUUAAUAUAAAAUAAACUUUGUACCUUGAAACAA